CACUUGUCAGAUUUAACCGCAGGAGACCGAAAAGAUACGUCGGCAAAUUUUCAAUUAUUGUGCGUUUUUGAUUUAUUUAUUCAUUGCAGAAAGCAAAGGUUCUUGAUUAAAUCUUUGAUAACACAGUGGCAAGAUGAAAAUCAAGGAACUGCAAAAGACAGUGAAUAUUGCCUGGUCGCCACUACCACAAAAUCCAAUUUAUUUAGCAGCUGGGACUGCAGCACAACAAUUUGAUUCCAAUGUGAACUCAACAUUGGAAAUUUAUUCCACGAACUUCAGCGAUCCCAGCUACGAUUUGGCACUCAAGGCAUCUACGCCUAGCCAAUAUAGAUUCCAAAAGCUUAUAUGGAGUCCUACAGGUUAUGGUGCUGCUCACAACAAUGGCUUAAUUGUUGGUGGUUGCGAGGGUGGGCAUGUGAUGAUUUAUUCCCCAUCGAAAAUGUUGGCCAGCGAAGAUGGUUUAAUUGCUAGACAGGAUAAACAUACUGGUCCCGUAAGUGGUUUGGAUUUCAAUCCAUUCCAAACAAAUCUGUUGGCUUCCUGUGCUUCUGAGUCUGAAAUAUUUAUAUGGGAUUUGAAUAAUACCACCACACAUAUGAACCCCGGUGCUAAGACUCAGCCAUUCGAAGAUGUAAAGAAUGUCGCUUGGAAUAGACAAGUGCAACAUAUCUUGGCUUCGGUAUUCAGUUCGAGAUGUGUUAUUUGGGAUUUGCGUAAGAGCGAACAAAUCAUCAAAUUAUCGGAUACUCAAUCUCGUGUAAGAUGGCAUGCUAUACAGUGGCACCCAGAAGCGGCCACCCAAGUGUGGCUGGCCUCAGAAGACGAUCAGGCUCCCGUUGUGCAAUUGUGGGACUUGCGUUAUGCCACUGCACCAGCUAAAACUAUGCAAAUUCACCAACGUGGUGUUUUGGGUAUGUCUUGGUGUCCAAGAGAUAUUGAUUUGAUGGUCUCUUGCGGUAAAGAUAACCGUAUAUAUUGCUGGAAUCCCAAUACACAAUCACCUGAAGGGGAAAUACUUUCGGAAGUCGCCACCACAGCCACUUGGUAUUCAGAUGUACAGUGGUGUCCGCGUAAUCCAGCAUUGAUAUCCAGCUCUAGUUUGGAUGGCAAUGUUUCCAUUUACUCUCUAUUUGGUGGAGUACAACAACAGGUGCAGACAUCCAAUAAAAUUGCAGACUCUUUUCCUGGCAUGGAUCAGUUUGCCCAGGCACCAAUGCCACAACAAACGGCUCCUAUUGUUUAUCAUGAUUUGAAAUAUGCCCCAAAGUGGAUAAAAAAACAAUGUGGCGUGACAUUUGGGUUCGGCGGCAAACUGGUGUCUUUUAAUAAUAAAUCCAAAACCAUAAAUAUUUCUCAAGUUACUACUGAACCAUUGCUGGUGGAGCGAGCUCAGGCUUUGGAGAAAUCGCUAAAUGAAGCCAACUUCAUUGAUUAUUGCCGUCAAAAGGCUGAUGAAAUGCCCGAUCAAAAUGGUCGUUUUUUGUGGUAUUUUAUCAAGGCUAACUUUGAACGAAAUCCCAAAGAGGAAAUUCUUAAUUUAUUAGGUUUCAAUAAAGAGGACAUCGAUGGAAAAUUCUCCAAAUAUAUACCCGAAGAUGAUAGUAAUCAACAAUCUCAAGAUAUCGAUCAACUAAAUAAUCGCAUGGCUCAGCUGACACAUCAACCUAUUGACAACAAUGCUUUAUUUGAUGGCAUUGCUGCUUCCCAAAAGGACACCAAUGAAGGGGAAGCGAUACCCAAAAAUCUUCCUCAAUUUAAAAUACCCAGUGGAGAACAUGCCGACAGCCUUAUAACAGAAGCUAUACUUAGCGGUAAUUUAGAGGCUGCCGUUCAGCUAUGCUUAAAUAGAAAACGUAUACCUGAAGCUUUUAUAAUUGCUUCCACCGCUGGCAUUGAAUUUCUAACAAAGACUCAAAAUCGUUAUUUACAAGAGCAACAAGGUGAAUUAUCCAAUGUUAUAUCGGCAUUGGUAACAUGCGAUUGGAUGGAUUUUGUUACCCGUUGUACAAUUGACUCCUGGAAGGAGGCCUUGGUUGCCGCCCUACGACAUAGUGAGCGAAAAGUGGUUGACAUUUGUGAAAAACUGGGUGAUCGACUAUUGAACGAAAGUAUUUCGAACGCUGAGUACAUACGCAAUGCUAUGCUUUGCUAUAUCUGCGCUGGCAAUAUAGAUAAACUUGUUAUAGCCUGGUACAAAUUGAAGCAGUCGGAAAAUCAAAAUUCAAAUUACAAAUUGAGUACUUCGGAGCUGCAAGAACUUGCUGAAGUGGUUAUGCUUAUGAAUAAGUCACUGGAGGAACAAGGUAUAGCUGUAGAAUUAAACUCCAAAGUGGCCGAUUUCAUUAUGGAGUAUGGAGGUUUGUUGGUGGCCCAAGGUGCUUUUACUGCUGCCUUGGCAUAUAUAAUGGAAAUUAAGGCCACGUCAGCCCACCCAGACCUUAAUGAUUUGAAGCAACGUAUUACUAAUAUUGUGCAACCUCAGCCGAAGCAUCAACAGCAUCAGGCAUAUGGUGCGCAACAAAAUAUGCACCAGCGAACGCAGCCUAGGGGGUCGUUUUCUGGCCAAAAUAUGGGUUAUCCAGGGGCAGUGGCUCCAGCAAUGCCAAAUCAAGCUGCUUUUGCACCAGUUCCCACGUGGAAUUCAAAUCCCGUAGGUUCAAUGCCUGCUCCUUACAAUCCCGCCAUUCCGCCCGCUGGUCCUAUGCCUUCCAUGUUUAAUCCAGCUGCUGCUCCCAUAAAACCUCCAAUGGGUGAGAAUAUGGUGCAACCUCCACGUCCUUUAAGUACUUCAAGUUCUCAAGGUGGCACUACCAGCGGUGGUGGCUUGACCUCAAGAUCUAAAUAUGUUUUAGAUCCUUCGGUGGCACCCUCGGGACCAAUGGGUGGUUAUGGCAAUACAUAUCAAGCACCACCAGUGGCUCCAAUGCAGGCACCUUCUUCAUUCAAUACAACGCCUUUUAAUGCAGCCCCGGCCCCCUCGAUUAUGCAGCCCUCAUUUAGUUCGACUCCAUUUGGUAACAAUGCUUUCAUGCCUGGUGUUGGACCAAUUGAGACAGCUACAGCUGCAGUUCCCCCACCACCUAUGCAAAACAUACAACGCAAUCCCACACCACCGCCGGGGUGGAAUGAUCCUCCCGCACUAAAGUCUAGCCGACCGAAUCCCUACUUCUCCCAGAAUAGAUCAAAUGAAAUGUCUGCUACACACGCGGGCACUCGUAAAUGGCAGAAGGUUAUCAACCAUGAAAAGGAUGUCGCCAAAGUCAAUAGCGACAAUUUAAAUACAAAUUUUCAAAAUGAUUCAAACUCUUUACAACAACCUCCUAUGCUGUUUAAGGUAAAGAAAGCCGAAGCUACAACAGGAACUGCAGCGGCUCCCAUAACUCAUCCACUCUUUGGUGUUGAUCCGAAUCAAAAUCAAAAUGGUUACAUGGAUCCCAAUGCUCACUAUCAACAGGGAGCCUUGCCUCCUGGUAUGCCGCCACCACCCCAACCACAUAAUGUGUUAAAUCCCACACAACCCCCAAUGACUGGCGGAACUGCCUUCUACAACCCAGCUAUGCAAAAUAACAAUGUGCCAGCCCCUGUCCAGCCAAUGAAUUUCCAGACAUCGGCAAUAUCACAACAACAAGCACCACAAUGGCAAACGCAACCCACCCAAGCUAUGGGAGGUGGGUAUAUGGAUCCUAGCCAACAACAACAGCAACAGCAAUCCACUCUGCAACCCCAAAGACAAGCGGAACCUCCCAAACAAAAACCGCCCCUGCCAGAAGAGUAUAUUUAUCUACAGACUGUGCUAGAAGAACUGAAAACCAACUGCCUAAAUGCCACCAAUGAUCCACGCACUAAACGCAAGUUUGUAGAUGUUACGAAGCGUCUGGAAAAUCUAUAUGAUUGCUUAAGAGAUGGAAGACUCCAUACCGUGACCAUUGACGCCUUAAAUCAAAUAAUACAAUUCAUACAGAUUGGCGACUAUGGUAAUGCGUUACAAGUUCAUACUCAAAUAGCCUUUGGAUCGGACUUUUCCCAAUGUGCUGGCUUUAUGCCAGGUCUUAAGGUGCUAAUUCAAUCAGCGACCGAUUUACAAGUGUAUUUACGAUAAGAUAUAUAAUGCGACCCGAGUAAUUCACAAUACUUUAUUCCAUAUAAACAUUUUUUAGUUAUUAAAUUAUGCUUGUCUUGUUUUUUAUAUUAAUUUGCAUUUAAAGUUCAGAUAUACCAGCGUAUGAUUUUCUUCAUGUUGCACAAAACUUAAGAGAAAACUUGUUUUCUUUUGUUUCUCUCGUUUAUAUUAAAAACAUUUACGCCGGCAUUCACAAAACUAAAUGUAGAUUUGAGAUAGAUUUAUUUGACGGAUUUCCUUUCUAGAUCUAUAAAAUAAACCUAUUUUAAGGCUUCAUUAAGUUUUGCGAAUAAGGCCAUUAUAGUUCAUCCCCAGCUCGCCUUAUGUCUCUUUGUUCUUUAUGUUGUUUUUUUAUUUUUAUGUCUUUGAUUUUCAAAAGUAUGCAAUUAUGUUUAAAACAAUAAAAAAUGUUACGAAAUUACGGUUACGAUAUAACAAUAAAGUAUAUAAAUACAUAUAUCAA